AUGGCUGGCCUCAUUAACAACCUGCUGAUACUGUUGCUUGUUUUUCAAAAUACCUGUUUGGGUUUCAAAAACCCACUUUCUGUCUUUAAGAGGUAUAAAGAUACUACUAGAUCUCUUUCAAGUGAAUGCCUUGGAAACAACAGGCCAGUGAUUUCUCUUGGUCUAACUGAUUUUGCAUUGGAUAUUCGCAUGCCUGGGGUGACUCCUAAGCAGUCUGAUACCUACCUCUGCAUGUCAUUACGUCUGCCAGUGGAUGAGGAAGCCUAUGUAGUUGACUUCAGGCCUCAAGCCAGCAUGGACACUGUCCAUCACAUGUUACUCUUUGGAUGUAACGUACCUUCUUCUACUGAGAAUUACUGGGACUGUGAUGAAGGAAUAUGCACAGACAAGUCCAACAUUUUAUAUGCUUGGGCAAGAAAUGCUCCUCCCACCAGACUACCCAAAGGUGUUGGAUUCAAAGUUGGAGGAGAAACAGGUAGCAAAUAUUUUGUGCUCCAAGUACAUUAUGGGGAUGUCAGUGCAUUCAGAGAUAAACACAAGGAUUGCUCUGGUGUAACGUUACAUCUGACCCAUCAAAGGCAACCUUUGAUUGCUGGCAUGUAUCUUAUGAUGUCUGUGAAUACUGUUAUACCACCAGGGGAAAAAGUGGUUGAUGCAGAUAUUGCCUGCCAUUAUCAAAAGUAUCCAAUGCACCUCUUUGCCUAUAGAGUUCAUACACACCGAUUAGGUAAGGUGGUAAGUGGAUACAGAGUGAGAAAUGGUCAGUGGACCUUGAUUGGUAGACAGAGUCCGCAAUUACCACAGGCCUUCUAUCCUGUGGAACACCCUGUACACAUUAGUUUUGGUGAUACUUUAGCAGCUAGGUGUGUUUUCACUGGUGAAGGUAGAACGACGGAGACACACAUAGGGGGCACAGCCAGCGACGAAAUGUGCAAUUUCUACAUUAUGUAUUACAUGGAGGCCAAACAUGCUGUUUCAUACAUGACCUGUACACAGAAUAUAAACCCAGAUAUGUUCAGAAGCAUUCCACAGGAGGCAAAUAUUCCUAUUCCAGUGAAGUCUGAUAUGAUCAUGAUGACACAUGGGCAUCAUCAUGAAGAAACCAAGAAAACAGAUGAUAGUUCUUCACUGAAGCAGCCAAAAAGAGAAGAGGAAGAGGUUUUGGAUCAGGGUGAUUUCUAUUCACUCAUUUCCAAGCUGCUAGGAGAAAGGGAAGAUGUUGUUCAUGUGCAUAAGUAUAAUCCUACCGAAAAGGCAGAAUCAGAUCUUGUAGCUGAGAUUGCUAAUGUAGUCCAAAAGAAGGAUCUUGGCUGGUUUGAUGCCAGAGAGGUUACAAAUCACGAUGAAAGGGCCAAUACUAGUCUCGCCAGAAACAGAAUUCACAAAUUUCACAGACUAGAAUCCACCUUGAGGCCACCAGAGAACAGGCAUUUCUCUUUACAACAUGAUGAGGGAAGCUGGGAAAAAGAACAUACUGGAGGUGGCAGAGAAGGUAUAACAUGUUUCAGAUGCAGAGUACAGGAUUUCCACAUAGAAGAGGCUGUGGACUGGCCUGGAGUAAACCUCAAACUAGGCCAGGUUUCUGGGUUGGCCCUGGACCCUAAAAAUAACCUGGUUAUUUUCCACAGGGGUGAUCAUGUGUGGGAUAGAAACUCAUUUGACAGUAGCUUUGUUUAUCAACAAAGAGGACUUGGACCAAUUGAACAGAACACAAUUCUUGUAAUAGACCCAAGUAAUGCAGAAGUUCUUGAUUCCACAGGCAAAAAUCUAUUUUAUUUACCACAUGGAUUGAGUAUAGAUAAAGAUGGUAACUACUGGGUCACUGAUGUAGCUCUCCAUCAGGUGUUCAAAUUGGGAGUACAUGAUAAAGAACCUUUAUUGAUCCUGGGAAGGUCUUUGCAACCAGGCAGUGACAAAAAUCACUUCUGUCAACCAACCGAUGUGGCCGUGGAUCCAGUCACAGGCAACAUUUAUGUGUCUGAUGGCUACUGUAACAGCCGAAUUGUUGUGUUCUCUCCAAACGGAAUGUUCAUCAUGCAGUGGGGGGAAGAGACUUCAGUAGGCAAAGCCAAACCUGGCCAGUUCCGAAUCCCUCACAGCUUAACACUGGUACCUGAGUUUGGUCAGCUGUGUGUAGCAGACAGGGAAAAUGGACGAAUUCAGUGUUUUAGGUCAGAAACAGGAGAAUUCACAAGAGAAAUCAAACACAAAUUGUUUGGAAGAGAAUUAUUUGCAGUUUCAUAUAUUCCAGGUGGUCUGCUCUUUGCAGUUAAUGGAAUGCCGUAUCCUGGAGACAUAGAACCAGUGCAAGGAUUUAUGAUGAAUUUUUCCACUGGAGAAAUAAUGGACACUUUCAUUCCCGUUAGAAAGAGCUUUGAGAUGCCACAUGACGUUGUUGCUUCAGAAGACAAAACGGUGUACGUUGGAGAUGUUCAUGCCAAAACAGUAUGGAAGUUCACUUCCACAGAAAAAAUGGAGCAUCGAUCAGUUAAAAAGGCUGGUAUCGAGGUGCAGGAAAUAAAAGAAGCAGAGACAGUUAUAGAAGCCAAACUGAAAAACAAACCUGUUUCAACGGAGUCUCCAAAGAAGUGGGAAAAACAUCAUAUGGUCGAACAGGCCAGUCCUGGAAUUUCCUUUGUCCUUAUUACAACUCUUCUAAUUAUUCCUAUUGUUGUCCUGUUGGCAAUUGCUGUAUUUAUUCGAUGGAGGAAGACAAGGGUCUAUGGAGCUGAUGCUGACCACAAACUUGAAUCAAGUUCAGGAAGAAUCUUGGGCAGACUUCAAGGAAAAGGUAGUGGAGGCCUUAACCUUGGGAACUUCUUUGCAAGCCACAAAAGCUACAGUCGGAAAGGGUUCGACCGACUUAGUACUGAAGGGAGCGAUCAAGAAAAAGAUGAAGACGAUGGUACAGACUCAGAAGAAGAGUAUUCAGCUCCCCCACCCCCACCAGUAUCUUCCUCAUCCUGAAACCAGCCUUUGAUUUCUUCUACAUUGAACGAUUCUACCAAGAACAUCAGAUUCCUUUUCCCUUUAGCACGUUUAAGAUUUUGUGUAUUUAAUUGUAAACUGUACUAGUCUGUGUGGGGCUGUACACUGGGAUUUUUUGGUUUUAGUUUGGUUUUAGUUUGGUUUGGGGUUUUUUUUAAGUGGAGGAGUGUGUGGAAGUUUCAUAUCAGUGCCGUUGUCUUUAUGUAAACAUCUUAAUAAAGAAAACAAUCCUCUUUUAAUGGCAGUACUGAUUUAAAGUAGUAGUAUUUUCUCUUUUCUGUUUUGGGACCGUUUCUGUAUUUGUAAAUAAGUCCCAUUAUCUGGUUUAGCACAAUAUUUUCCUCAUAAUAUUUCAGUUGUCAGUUUCUUUCUUUUGUGCCUUUCCUGUUCAAUGUCCUUAAACUAUUGCAGUACCGAGGAAAUACAGUGCCACAAGAAAACAAAGCUGCUAAAUCUUCUUCUAUUUUUUUAAAAUCACUAACAUAAUAUUGCAUUGAGAGAGAGAAAAAAAGUCUCUAUUUAAUUCUUUUUUCUUCCUCCUUAGUUGGUGUGUUUCUGAUAUGUCUUAUUUUUAGAUAGUAUUACUAUUAAAAUACUAUUUUCAGAGGCUGAAUGUAAUUUGUGUAAUAAAGUGUUCG